AUGCAAUUUCUUUACUGUUUAUUAAGUUUAGCUUUGGUUUCCGCUUCAGUAAUUGAUGUGGCUAAAAAGUCAUAUGAUUGUGGUGGUGCCGCAUGUGUUAACGCUGCCAAGUUGCUUCAAGAUCAAUGUGGCGAAAGAGGGGUCUCAGACCCUAAAUGUGCCUGUGGAAUGUCUGAUGCCUAUUUCGUCCAAUUGCAUGAAUGUUCCAAAGAUUGUAAAGGUUUACAAAUCGAAGGCUAUACUGGCCCAAAUGAUUAUAAGAAAGCUUAUUGCUUACAAGCUUCUCAAGAUAAUUAUCUUCCAGUUUCAGCGGCUGCUCUUGGAACUACCACUUUAGCUUCCAAAUCAGCUGCCCCACCACCUCCACCGCCAGCUACUCCUGCUCCAGCACCUACCCCAAGUACAACUAGUAAGCCAAAACCAACAAUUACCAAGAGUGUCACUAAGACAAGUACUACUGGUAAAGCUGCUGCCGGUGGUAAAACCAAGGCUGUGACUACAACUGCCAAGAAAGGAGUUCCUACUGGUUAUGCCAAUGUUACUGGCGCCAUUCCAAGAGCUGGUGGUGUUUCCAUCGAUAGUGGAAAGGCCGUUAUUGUCACUUUAUUAGGAUUGGUUGCAUUCUUGCUCUUCUAG